AUGUGCAGAGGUGGUCCUUCCUCCCGGGAGGGAAACUCUGUCGCUGCUCUUGAGUCUGUAGCCCAUGGGCUCGCCUGGGAUUUUCUUAGAAUGAAGCGAGUUUGGGCCCAAGCUUGUGGUGUUAGGAAGGCCACGUCACUGGUCGUCCUGGUGAACUGUUCUCGGGGCCAGGAGGUCAACAUGCAGGCCUCCCCAGGCACCCUCACCCGUCAGCGCUGCUGGCAGGGCAGGGGCUGGCCUGGCUCUCCUGAUCCCGCUCUGGCCCCUGGAUGGCCUGGGACCCUGAGGGCAGUGAAGGAGCUCUGGGAGAACACAGCGGGGUGUGGAGGCCUUGCUGGGUCCUCACAGGGUGUGGGGGGGCAUCCAUCGUUCCCCCCUUCUUCCACACCACGCCCCACUUUGCUUCACGACCUCACAUCGCCUUGGGUCAGUGUGUGGAUGGAUGGAGCAGAGUCCUGGGACGCCCUGGCCCCUCGCACGCUGUCGCCCGCCUCCUGGGGGCUUGGGGACUGGCCUCUCCCAGGCGGGGCAGGCAGCUCGCCCUGCCCAGGCCGUCACGCCUGUUCCCGCUCCUCGUUGCACGCUGAUGUCGGCUCGGGAGUUGAAGAGCUGCGGUCCCGAAAGCAAGGAGCCAGGCAGUUCUCCGCCUGA